AGUAUGAAAAGACUUGGUAUUGCUUGUGGCUUGGUUCUGUUGUGUAGCUGUUUAGCAGCUCAGGCAGCACUGUACGAAGCCAUAUUGAACAGCUUCGAAGUGAUGCCGGGGGAAAUUGAGGGCAUCGUGGACUAUGGCACGGUCCGGUUGACACGCAAAGGACGCAACACCUUCAGCAUCUUGGGAUCGUUUUCGGUGUUGCAGAAUAUAGGCGACGAAGCUGAGAUAAUGUGGACGGCCUACAAGCUGGAUCCGUUCAGUGACCGUAGGCAAAAAUAUGGCGCAGGAGCGGGCAAAUUGUGUCAGGUGAUCGCCGGUGAUGAACUCGUCUAUCCUCAAUUACUGCAAGUGUCGGACUUUCCGCCGAAGGGUACCUGUCCGUUUCCGAAGGGCAACUACACGAUCGAUGAGUACGUGCUGGAUGAGAGGAGCCUUCCUCCAUUUAUUCCUCCUGGUGAGUGGCUGGUGGAGAUCAAAAUGUUACGCGAUGGCCUGCUGGGCGGUGGAUAUGGAGUACAAUUUACAGUCAAAUAA